AUGUCGCCCCCACCCCGAAUCAAGCUCGGACAGGGCUACGAUCCGGAGGCUGCUUCUUCCCAGUCGAGGGGUGGAUCUCCAUCCAGGAUGGUCAGGCGGCUCUUGAGCAGGAGGGGAAAGUGGGUCGGGGCGGCGGUCAUCAUGGGCGCGAUGGUGUUUUACCUGUCGGAUUGGCGGAGAGAAGCCUCGGGAGGGGAUGGGGUCAACUCGGAGGGGGUGUGGGUGGAUGAGAAUGGAGGGAUCUUUGGCCGGCCUACACCGACAGGAAAGGGGAAAGCCAAAGCCAUGCUGGAGCUCGAGGGGCUCGACUAUAUCGUCGAUCGAUACGGCGACCACUUUUACCCAACCUAUCCCAACUCGACCUCUAUCCCCUCCUUUGACCCCGACAUCUCCCUCCUUCCUCCUCCGUCCGCACUCUUCCCAGAGAUCGAUCUUACGACCUUCUUCCGUCCACCGAAACUGCACGCCUACCCAGAUAGCAAACUCCGCGAGGUCAUCUCUCCACAUCCGGCGCCGAUCGGGGAGAAUCUGCCAAAGCAGGAGUUUCCACAGAGCGCUUUCGUUCUCAGCUGGAGUGGACCGGAGGAAUGGAAUAGGACGAGAAAGCAGGGGAAGAGGGUACAGCAUGUGUUGGAGGGACAAGAGGACGCGGCGUGGAAGGCAAUACGAGGAGAGCGGGCAGAGGCGGUCAAGAGGGGAUUCGCGCACGCCUGGCAGGCAUACAAGGAUCACGCAUGGGGUCACGACGAAGUGAGACCAGUAACGAAGCAGUCCUCGGACCCUUUCAACAACUGGGGCGCAUCCAUCGUCGACACCCUCGACACCCUUCUCCUCCUCGGCUUCAACGACGAGUACAAUCUCUGUCGCCCCCACGUCAACCAGCUCAACUUUGACUGGGUAUCUGGCAAAGACUGGGCGCACGGCUAUACCCUCCCUCCCAAGCCCGACUUGCCGCACGACGAGGAUCCGCUCGAGGACCAAGUCUCGGUCGGGCGGGAUCGCAACGUCGGCCUCGGUAUCUUCGAGACGGCCAUCCGAUAUCUUGGCGGUCUCCUCGGCGCGCACGAUCUCAGCGGAGACGCACUCAUGCUGGAACGGGCGGUCGAUCUCGCCCAUAUCAUCAAAACGGCGUACAAUACCCAAUCCGGUCUCCCCUCCAACCGCGUCGAUCCCGGCUCGGAACUCAAGCUCAUGCUGGGCACCAUCUCCCUGGCCGAGGUGGGCACCAUGACACUGGAGCUGUUCCGCCUCGCCCAACUCACCGGCGAUCGUCAAUGGCAUGAUCUCGCCCAGCGGACGAUCGACUAUCUGGACGCGCGCGUCAUCCCCCGCUCGGCCCAAAAACCCCUCAUACCCCUCUGGUUCCAGCCGGAUGCGUCUAUCGACACCGUCAUGUCUGGUACAUUUGCCUGGGGCGGUCUCGCAGAUAGCUACUACGAGUACCUCAUCAAGGCGUAUCGGCUCCUCGGCGGACCCAGCUCGCCCCAGGCGGAGCAGUACAAGCGGCUCUACGAGGGAUCGGUGGACGCGUCCAGAAAGAUCAUCUUUUGGGACCUCGAUAUCGUCCCCGGCCGGGACCUCCUCGCGAUUGGGAAAUGGGAUAAUGGCCGGCCCGUGCCCGAGAUUGAGCAUCUCACGUGCUUUGCCGGCGCGAUGCUCGGACUCGGCGCCAAACUUUUGGACCGGCCAGAAGACAUGGAUGAUGCCGAGGCAUUCACCGAGUCUUGCUAUUGGCUCUCGGCGGCGACUCCGUCCGGUCUCCAGCCGGAGUCGGUCGAAUUCUACGACUCCACCAAUGCGGCGCUGGCGUAUGAAAAUAUCUCUCUCGCGACGGGCGAGACGUACCACCCUGCACCUAGCAAGGUAGACUUUGAUCUAGAGGUCGAAGAGGGAAGGGCGUCCAAGGAUGGGAAUGGGAUAUAUCACUGGGCGGAUGAUUGGAGUACGCUGGGGCACGAGGCGAUCCCGGUGGGGCAGGUGAAGGAGCCGGAGAAGUACUAUCAGAAGCUGAAGGGGGUGCCGAUCGGAACGAGGACGGUCAAUGGGCGGGGAAUCAAUCGGCCCGAGACGAUCGAGUCGAUCUUCUACAUGUACCGCCUCACUGGCGAUCGGAAAUGGCAAGAUCGAGGAUGGAAGAUGUUUGUCUCGUGGAUGACGGCUGCCAAGGUUGAUGGGGGUAUCAGCUCGAUCCAUGAUGUCACCAAGGAGAAGAUCCUGUAUGGGGACAAUAUGGAGAGCUUUACCUUUGCCGAGACCUUCAAAUAUCACUACCUGCUUCAUGCGGAUACCGAUCUGCUCAACCUGGACGACUACGUCUUGAACACCGAAGCACACCCGCUCAUCUCCAAUCCCACCCACUCACCCGGCCACUCCAAACUCUGGACCCCUCCACCCCCUUCUUCCCCACACGCCGACCUCGGCGUCCGCGCUCAAGGCACUCACGCCCAGAAAUGGGCCCGGCACGCGCAUCUCGAGCCUAUCAAGGCGAAUCUGCGGCAUCAUAUCGACGGGGGAACGACUGGAUCUGGGCCUGGAAGUCCCGCGGGUGGCGGCAAGGGUAUGGGAGGGGGUGGGGGACGGCCGGGAUUGUUACCACAGUUGCCGAAGGAGUUUUAUCAGCGGCCGGAUCUGGUGACUGGGUAG